UUUUUGAACACAUCCAAACUGUUAUACAACAUUUGACAUUUAAAUCUCUUCUCGAGACUGUUCUACAUUUAAUAUCAAUCGCCUUCGACGACAUAAACAAUUCUGUAAAUUUUAUUAAUUUCCUAUUAAAAUGCCAGGAACGGAGAUUAGUGAUAUUAAAAUUUAUCCUAAGUCGAUUGUGUGCGAGGAUAGUCAACUAAGAGGUGACAUCACCAUAUCCAGUGGGUGUGCAAUCCAUCCAAGUGCAACCAUAAUUGCAGAAUCUGGGCCAAUUAUUCUCGGCGAAAACUGCAUCGUCGAAGAAUACUCUACCAUUGUUCAUCGUAUCCCCAGUGACCACCCUCUUUUUGAAGAGGGCAAAACUCCGGUCCUAAUAAUCGGACCGAAUAACGUCUUCGAAGUUGGAUGCAGAGUAGAGGCCUACAAAAUCGGUGAAAAGAAUGUCUUCGAGUGCAAGAGUUUCGUCUCGCCCUAUGUGUCUGUGUCGAGCGGAUGCAUCAUCGGGGCAGGUUGUAGUGUUCAGGGCAAGCAAGAUCUCCCCGAAAACACUGUGAUCUAUGCAAAAGACUGUCUACAAAGGGAAGCUAUUGAAAAGCAAGGAUCUCAAACAUUACAAAUUGACUUCUUGAGAAAGGUCCUUCCAAACUAUCAUCACUUACGGAAAGCUAACUACGAUCCCAAGAAGGCCCGAGCUCAAAUCUAAAUUAUUUAAAAACAUUCAGUCUUUUCACAUUCUUAAUAUGAAUUAAAUCAUAACUUUAUUUUCGUUGAAA